UACUUGUAUAUGCUUCUUUACUAAAAGCAUGAAUUUAGUAGAUUGUUAGGUAAACUGAAAUACAUUUUUAUGUGUCUACAAUAUAAAUUAUCUGGGUUUACAGAGAAAUUCAAAUUUGAGAUGCAAAAGUCUUUUUCAGCUAUCUUCUCACUCCCUCUUGCACUCUCCCUUUCUAUUAUUUUUUUUCCUGAUUGUUUAAUACAACAAUGAUAAACUAUUUAGGGAUCAUGUCUGUCUGUGUGCCUUGACUAGUUACAGGGUCAGGUUCCUGUUUGUGUUCUCUCCUUUUGGUAACAUCUUUGAACCUGAGCCACUUUACACCACUGAAAAGAUAAGGGUAUGGAAGGCAUUGCUAGCUGGGGUUUGCUUAUUCUAGCCGAAGACUUCACAUCACAGGGAUGCAAAUCAGCGUGGACAGAAUUAUAGAGUGAUCAAGCAAAGCGAGUAUUUCCAGUGACUGAGAGUGCAUGCUUUGCUUGGAGUGCCGUGCAGUGACAGCAUGUAGAAACACAGCUUAGCUAGCUUUAAUCUAAAAGUGAAAUUGAGAUAAUGGUGAUCCUCAGUAUAAUCAGUUCUGGUAGCCACAAAAUGGCUCUUAGUGCUCAAUGUGAUAGAUUGAGCGAGUUCAGUAUGCUGCAAUGGAGAUUAAUACAGUGAAAUGGUGUAAAACAAUUCUGACUUAAAGUGUUCUGGCUCUUCUUAAACCACUUUGUGAAAUUACAGUACUGUCAUUUUGGAUCCGGCCACAAUUUAAUCCAAACAAGGACUGCAAUAUCUUAAGUGUUAGGAGGGAGGGAGUGUAAUGAUGAUACGUUGUUGCCUUCAGAGGCUUAUAUCAUGGCAAGGUGUCGCUGUCUGCCUUUCCUACUCUUUUCUCCUGCCUUCCAGAAAGAACAUUACAAGGUAUUCUAUGAGAAUGAAGAGUGCAUGUUCAAACACAGUCUUCACAAUAUUUUUGAACUCUUUCCUCUCUGACAAGGAUAGGCUCCCUGGCCUUGAAAGAGGUGGCUCCUCUCAGUGUGCUUUGUGACACUAGUAGGCCACUUUUGCAUGCCAUUCGAAGCAGGUGCUCUGCUUUGAAUUCAUGACUGAACAUCUAUCUGGCUGUUGAAAAAAAUAGUCUUCUCCCUUCAGAAUUACAGAAUUAUUACUUGGCACUUUUCUUUCUUGCCCCCCCCCCCCCCAGAGAAAUGGCUUACGGAGUCUGUCUUUUGCUGUCGGUGUGCAAGCUGCUAACAUUUGUCACUCUUCCCUUAACAGGCUGCUGAUACUCUUGCUGUGAGACAGAAGAGAAGGAUCUAUGAUAUCACCAACGUUUUGGAAGGAAUUGAUCUGAUUGAGAAAAAGUCAAAGAACAGCAUUCAGUGGAAAUUUUCUCUUACUGUGGCUUCAUGAACCCUUGUACCUUUUUAAGAGGAGUAGGUGCUGGCUGCAAUACAAAGGAAGUCAUAGACAGACUGAAAUAUCUUGAAGCUGAAAUUGAAGAUUUAGAGCUAAAAGAAAAAGAAUUGGAUCAACAGAAACUGUGGCUACAGCAAAGUAUCAAGAAUGUUAUGGAUGACUCUACAAACCACCAAUUUUCAUAUGUCACCCAUGAAGAUAUCUGUAAUUGUUUCAAUGGAGACACACUUCUAGCAAUUCAAGCACCUUGUGGUACACAGUUAGAAGUACCUAUACCCGAAAUGGGACAGAAUGGACAAAAGAAAUACCAGAUCAAUCUUAAAAGUAGUUCAGGACCCAUCCAUGUGCUGCUUAUAAAUAAAGAAUCAAAUUCCUCCAAGCCCAUGGUGUUUCCAGUUCCUCCACCUGAUGACCUUGCACAACCUCCAUCUCAACCUGCAACUCCAGUGACUCCCCCUAAACCUACCACCACUACUCAGAAUCCACCAGAACAACAUGGUCUUAACCAGGGGCAACAUUUACCACAAACAUCUGUUGCAGACACAUCAUCAGACAGCAGUUUGCAGCAGAACAGUACAACUUCAGCAACUACUUAUUCCAGCCUUCCAGACUCUGUCUUAUACCCCAGCCUUCCAGGAGAUGUCGCCCAAGCUACAGCUAGCUCGAAUGACUAUCAGGCUUUGCUCCCUUUGGAUGUUAACUGUAUUCUCAAGCCAAAUUCAUUUGACAUAGCAAAGAUGGAUGAGCCCACAGGAACUAUCAGUGGGGAUAUUAUUGAUGAACUCAUGUCUUCUGAUGUUUUUCCUCUCUUACGACUCUCUCCUACUCCCGGAGAUGACUACAACUUUAACCUGGAUGAUAAUGAAGGAGUCUGUGAUCUCUUUGAUGUGCAGAUACUAAAUUAUUAGAUAUUGUGUCAGCCAGACUAUCUUAUCUACCUCUAACAUUCUAGACUUCUUCAUAACUUAAGUAUUUGAAUAAUGAAUGUAUAACUUCUUAGUUCACUGACUGGGAGUGUAUUUCCUUUUGCUUCCUUUAAUUACUUCACAAAACAAAUGGAAUAACCAGAUAAAAGGGCUUUCAUCAAAAAUUCUGGCAAUUUUUUCACUUGCAUGUCCUUUGUAAUCCAAUGAUUUGAAAUUUUCUUUUGUAAGAAAAGCAAAAACACUUUACAGCCUUUUGAUCAUUAAAAAAAUGAUUUGGCUUCCUGCUCACAGUUAUCAGCAUUUUUUUUGAAGCUUUACUGCCAAGAAGCUUUCUGUACCUUUCAAUCAAUAACCUUUCAAUCAAUUUUGAAGCUUUCACUGCCAAGCUGAAAAGUGAAGGACAUCAACUUGAGUUAUGCUAAAUUGUUUCAGUGAACCAAUUUUGUGAAGUGCCUUCUGUUUUAGCACUUUAAGUUUCUCACACUGACUUCUGACAUUCCACUUUCCUAGAUUAUAGGAAAGGUCUGUUUGUAGUUUGUAUUAAAGUGUGCCAAUACUUGUAUAUUAACAAGAUUUUUUUAAUAAAAUUGUACAAA